GGCCAUUACAGUUCACGUGGUGUUUAGUCUGUGAAAUGCAUGCCAUGCUGCUCUCCUGCUGUGUCCUGGGCUUGACUAUGCUCGGCCCAUGUUUUACAGCACCCACAUUUAUUCCGGAGGAAGAUAGCACUCCUACACCAGAACCACAGGUUGACUUGAAGCUGGCCACAGACUAUCUGCAGCAGUACUACAACCUGCAAAAAGAUCCCUUGGGACGCAUGAAAAGGAGCGGGCCCUCCUUUGUCUCCAAGGUGAAAGACAUGCAGAUUUUCUUUGGGCUCAAUGCAACAGGCGAGUUAAAUUCGGACACCCUGGAGAUGAUGGGCAGCCCUCGGUGUGGGGUUCCAGACGUGGAGGAGUACAGUAACAACCAAGGGACACGGUGGAAUAAGAAUGUCAUCACCUACAGCAUUGGCAGGUACACCAGAGAUUUACCCCGCUCCACUGUGGACUCUCUGAUUGAGUCAGCUUUCAGUGUUUGGGCCAGAGCCAGCGGUCUGACAUUCGUCAGGUCACACAGUGGCAAUGCUGACAUCAUGGUGGAGUUUGUGACCCAUGCGCACGGAGACUUGCAUCCAUUUGACGGACCAGGAGGAACGCUGGCUCAUGCUUUUGGCCCGGGGUUGGGCGUUGGAGGAGACACCCACUUUGAUGACAGCGAGCGUUGGACGGCAGGAGGAACAGGUUUCAAUCUGUUUGUGGUAGCUGCUCAUGAGUUUGGCCAUGCCUUGGGCCUGAAGCACUCCAGAAACCCAGAGUCACUGAUGUAUCCAACCUACAAAUCCCCCCACCCAACAAACUUAUUAUCCCUGGAAGAUGUAGCCAAUAUUAAUGCACUUUACAGUCCUGUUGGAGUUCAUCCGAACCACAUUUUGAGGGGCUCUCAGUACAACCCCUGGCUGUCCAGAUCACUAUUCCCUGGACUUAUGCAGGACAGAUGUGCUCCAGACCUGACCUUUGACGCAGUGUCCACUCUUGGAGAUGCCACCUUCUUUUUCAAAGAAAGAUAUCUCUGGAUUAAACAUAAUAGGCAGAAUGACAUCAAAGAGGGCCCCAUCGUCAACUUCAUGCCCAAGAUUGAAACCAGUAUCGAUGCUGCCUUCUGGAUACCUCGCAGAUCCACAGCCUACCUUAUUCAUGAAUCCAUGUUCUGGACAGUGAAAGGCUCUGUGGUGAAGGGGAAGCCCAGACCGCUCAGCCACUUUGGAUUUCCAGCCUGGGUUCAGGAUGUUGAUGCUGCAGUGCACAUUGUGAAAACAGGACGCACCCUCUUCUUUAUACAUGAUGUUUACUGGAGUUUCAACGAAAACCGAAAGGUAAUGGAUUUUGGCUACCCAAAGUACAUCAGCGAGGACUUUCCUGGAGUGAACACCAUGAUAAAUGCAGCUUUUUAUAAAGACAAUUUCAUCUACUUCUUUGUGGGACCACAAGUCUACAAAUACAACUACACCCAGAAACUUGUUGUCGGAGUAGAGAAUGCAAGUUCCUGGCUGGGCUGUUGAAAUGCUGUAGGACACGCACACAGCAAGGACAAUACCUGAAAACCAUGACUUGUUGUUAGAAAAGAAGAAGAGAAAUACACUGCACUUCUCAGUUUUGACUGGACCAUUAUUUAUCACUUGUCAUAUCUGAACAGAAUAAACAAUUACA